GCCAGAGUCAGACCUUCAAAACAACCCAGAGUCCCGCAGCAUCUUCCCCUCGCAUCUGCCUUACUCACCACCGUCUCCCUGUUCAGAUCUCUGGGCAACUCCUGAGGCCACAGUCAGCCCCUUCAUCUCACACUAAACCUUCACGGAGCAACCAUGUUGAUUCUUCUGGCUUUCAUUAUUGUGUUUCACAUAACUUCAGCAGCGCUGUUGUUCAUCUCAACCAUUGACAAUGCCUGGUGGGUAGGAAAAGACUUUUCUACAGAUGUCUGGAAAGUCUGUAUCAAUAUCACCAACUGUACAGCCAUUGAUGAAAACAAUUCAGAAUAUCAGUCUGUGCAGGCUGUUCAGGCCACCAUGAUCCUGUCUACUAUUUUGUGUUGUGUUGCAUUUCUGGUGUUCAUUCUUCAACUCUUCCGCCUAAAGCAAGGAGAAAGAUUUGUGUUAACUUCUACUAUCCAGCUGCUGUCAUGUCUCUGUGUUAUGAUUGCAGCCUCCAUUUACACAAAUAGGCAUGAAGAUCUGCACAAGAGUUACGGAUACAUGUUUGAUAUUCAUAGUGGCCAAUAUGGAUAUUCCUUCAUCUUAGCCUGGAUUGCAUUUGCUUUUACUCUGAUCAGUGGUAUCAUGUACCUAGUAUUAAGGAAACGUAAAUAAAUGUCAGCAGCUAGUUAUUUCUGUCAUUGCAGUACAGAAGCAGAAUUCCAAUAACCAUUUUGUAUAUAAUCAUUUGUGGUUUUGUAGUAAAGGUAUUGUUUUUCUAAAAAUGUACUGUGUUCUUAGUAUGAAAGAGUAUGGAAAAAAUAAUGCAAGUUUCCUGGAACACUCUUCUAGCUGGGGUCAAGAUUCUGAACAAGCCAAGACCAAAUUAAAUUUCUUUUGUAUGUUUCACAACUUCAAAUGGCUAUCCCUAACCUAGGCAUUAACAAGAGUUUGAUCCUGCCCUCUAAAUGGUUCACACCCUCCAUCUGGAAAAGUUACAGUACAUGCUUAUUACGUUGUUAGAAAUCAAGAUGUGUUUGGGGAUAAGUGUGGGGAAAGAAUAAGACACACAGUAUAUCACUUAAAAAAACAUUAUGGGAGUUCAAAGAUAUACUCAGUGUCUAUCAUAGUAGGGAACCUGCAUUCUUGCUGUUUAUAACUCUGCAAUCAUGCUCUACAAGCUUUUAUUAAAACCCCUUGCUCUGAAAAAGUAAACCACUCCUUUUUUUUGAAUGCUGGAGUAUGGAUUUUAUUUUCAUAGUGUUUCCAGAUCAUCCUCAAGCAGUACAAAUUGCCCAUCAAUUCAUUACACACUUUGGGUCUUGAAAUGGUUGUGUUUGUACAUGCUGAAGCUAACUUACAAACAAAACAAACCUUAUAUGCUCUUAACUCUGCAUUGUGCAUGGUCUUAAUCUACCUUUAAAAUUUGCUUGCCUCUAGUUCAGGCUUUUUUAAAGCCAAUAUGUGCCCCACUGAUAGCACACAUGGGUUUGGAUACACAAGUUAGCAUGAAGUAUUUACUUUUUCAUACCAAAUGAAAAGGAAAGUGACCUUCUUGCUAAAGUAUUAUUCAGGACUACACAUUAGGAAAGCCUGGCAAAAGAUGUACAGGUAGCAUUUAACUUCUGUUGGGAAUGUUUGAAGGAGCCUAAACACACCUGCUCAACCUCCACAGAUGGGGGUCUUCCUAAGCCAUUUAACCAGGGCCAGCACUACCAUUUAGGCAGCCUAGGCAAUCGCCUAGGGUGCCAGGAUUAUUGAGGGGGCAGCAUUUUGCCAGGGGGGCAGCAGGCAGCUCCAGUGGACCUGCCGCAGGUAUGCCUGCGGAGGGCCCAUUGGUCCACAGCCCCGGUGGAGCUGCCGUAGUCAUUGGUCAGCUGCUCCCAUGGCUCCGGUGGACCUCCCACAGGCAUGCCUGCAGCAGCUCCACUGGAGCCGCAGGAUCAGCUCGGGGGGGGAGGGGCGGUGAAAUGGCUGUGUGCCUAGGGCACGAGAAACCCUGGUGCUGGUCCUGCAUUUAACCCUGUUUACUUAAACUUCCUCAAAAUGACUUAAGGAUUUUUUUAUAUAGAAAUAACAGAUAUAAACCUGUACUAGGUUAUUAGACUUAAAUGCUCUGUACUGUAAAUUAUGGAUUUGGUUAGAUUUAAAAGUUGGUCAAUCCACCUUCAUAAAAGGUGGUGGUUUUUACUUGUCUAUUGUAGCUUCAGUGUUUAAAGUAGCAUUUUAUAGUUUGGCAUACUUACUCAUGGCCUUUUUAUUACUACCGCAGUUGGACAAACCUUAGGCUUAGAAAAGGAAACCUAGUAGGUUUUGAAUAGGCCUGUAACUAUUACAUUUGAGACAGAUCAGCUAAUGCAAAGUAGCACAGCUCUACUGAAGUCCGAACUACACCCUAUAAAUCAGUUAAAUAGAUGACCUACACAGCUUCAGUGAGAACUUGUUUGAUUACUCACAAGGCAGGAAUGGAUGCAACCCAGUGAAUUAUCUCAAACACAGGAACUGGUCUUGCUCUGUUUCCCAAAGUGGUGGUGUUUAUGUAUUACUUGCAGGGGGCAGGAAGAAACUACUGGCUUAGAGAACAGGUAGAGUAAGAGAGAAACUAGAUUUAAAGCAGUCCUAGUACUAUGCCUUUUUGUCCUUGUAACAUGACAGUGCUAGUCUCUUAUCUGUGUUAUUUCCCUUCUAAAUGUGUCUGAACUUGUGAAGUUACCAACUAACACUCCUUUAAUCUGUAAAAUGUUUGUCCCCAAAUCUUCAUUCUGUUAAAGGAAUAAUUGGGUACAAAAAGACUAGAAUUUGUUCUGUAUAUAAACAGAUGUACUAUAAGGAAAGGGUUAAAGAAGACUUCACCCCAAGAAUCUGAUAUCCUGGCUUACGUUUCAUGUAAUGAACAGUAAAAUGAUCUAAUGAAAUUAUAAAGCAAAUACUUGGACCAAAACUAUGUAACUGAUUUAUGGCUAAACAGUCCAAUACUUUUAUACAAAUUCAUACAUUACAGUAUAAAAACUAACAGUGCCACUAACUGGUUACUUGACAGAUACUUCAGUUAUUUACAGUAAAGCAUUUUGCCUGGGUCAUUUUAUAGUUUGAAUAUUAAAUAUGUAAGAUCCAGCAUGCAUAUGUACAUACAUGUAUACACAAUCAUGCUUUCAUAAUGAAAGCCCUAACUCCCUAAAGCAAACAGAAUAUGCUGGAAGAGUACAUACAGCCAUCUAUAGAUGCUGCCAUAGUUUAGUUAGACCAAUUGUGAAUCUUUUGUACACAAAGAAAAUGCUAAGAAAAGUUUGAUCUUUGUCUUGUGACAGGAAAAACAUAGUUUUAGGAUAGUCUUACCACCUACUCGGCCUUGAAAAUAUUCCAUUUUCUCUGUUUUAUAUACUCUGAAAUUGUACAUGAAAAUAAAGCAGAAACAACUACUGUACUAUAACAGCAAGUUUGAUACAUUUGAUAGCCCUUACAUUGCCUUAAAGUUCUGGAUCCAUUUAAA